AUGGGGUUAUUGGAAGGUUAUUUUAGGUCAGUGAUGGUGGGUUUGGUUCUGUAUUUAUUGUUGAGAUUGAUAUUGUCAUGCUGGAUUCUACCCAUUCUAGUUUACUGUAAGAUAAGGAAGAAUGGGUUUGGAGGUCCAACUCCUCGUUUUCCAUUGGGAAAUGUUAGAGAGAUGAAAGUGGAUACCAAGAUUAUUAAUAAUGUUGCUUCUUCAUCACUUGCUAUUUCCCAUAAUAUACACCCCAUUGUGUUUCCCUACUUCGCUCGGUGGCAAAAGUCUUACGGGAAAGUAUUCGUGUAUUGGCUGGGAAAGGAGCCAUUUUUAUACAUUGCAGAACCAGAGUUCCUGAAGAAAAUGUCAUCGAGAGUGCAUGCAAAUAAGUGGGGAAAACCCAAUGUGUUUAAACAUGAUAGGAAGCCUAUGUUCGGAAGUGGUUUGGUGAUGGUUGAAGGGGAUGAUUGGGUUCGACAUCGCCAUGUUAUUAACCCUGCUUUCUCUCCACCUACCUUGAAGGUCAACUGCUAUGGCGCGGCAAGCUUGAUAUUGGAACCGGCCACAAAGAUGCUAGAAAGGUGGACUACCUUAAUAAAUAGUGGUAAACUUGAAAUGGAUGUUGAAAAGGAAAUUUCAAGCAUGACAGGGGAGAUCAUAGCGAGGGCAACCUUUGGGUUAAGAAACGAAAAGGGGAGUGAAGUGUUUGAAAAAUUGAGAGCCAUGCAAUUCACGCUUUUCAACUCAAACAGGUACGUCGGUGUUCCUUUUAGCCACUGGAUUUGUCCUAAGAAAAACCUAGAAGCCAAGAAACUAGGGAAAGAGAUCGACCAGCUGCUUUGGUCGAUCAUAAAAGAUUGGGAUGGAUCCCAUCAUCGGUCCUUGGUUGGGUAUUUGAUGGAAGGGGAAAAGUUAAGUGCAAGGGAGAUUGUUGAUGAAUGCAAGACUUUCUUCUUUGGUGCCCAUGAAACUACGACAAUGGCACUCACAUGGACCUUACUACUUUUGGCCAUAUAUCCACAAUGGCAAAUCCAAUUGAGGGAAGAAAUUAGACAAGUGAUUGGAGAUGGAGAAGACAUCGCUUUCACCACCCUGUCUCGCUUAACCAAGAUGGGAUGGGUGAUGAACGAGGUGCUAAGACGAUACUCAUCAGCACCAAAUGCACAAAGGCAAGCAAGAGAAGAUAUAAAGGUAGAUGACCUACUCAUUCCUAAUGGAACCAACAUGUGGAUCGACAUUGUAUCCAUGCACCAUGAUCCGACCAUAUGGGGUGAUGAAGCUAAUGAGUUUCGGCCAGAGAGGUUUAAGGACGAUCAUUUAUAUGGUGGGUGCAAGCACAAGAUGGGGUUUUUGCCAUUCGGGUUCGGAGGGAGAAUGUGCAUUGGGAAGAAUUUUGCAAUUAUGGAAUAUAAAGUUGUCCUAAUCCUUAUGAUCACUAGGUUUUCCUUCUCCCUUUCCCCUACCUAUCGCCAUUCGCCUUUUAUUUUUAUUUCUCUACGGCCUAGAUAUGGAUUGCCUCUCAUUGUUCAACCCCUUUAG